AUGGGAAUCUACGCCGCCGUGCUCAGGACGAAGCAGCGGCUGCGGGAACUCUUCUGUGCAAAUAGUCAAUCAGGGUCUUCCGAAGAUGCGUUUGAGAAACUCCCCGUGGACGUCAUGCACCAUAUAUAUUCUCUCCUGCCACUGCGAGAUGCUGCUCGUGCCGCCUGCGUCUCCCAUGGAUUUCUGCUUUUCUGGAGAUGCUAUUCCAACCUUACAUUCAACGUGUCAACACUUGGGUUGGCUCGCAAGAAAUCCGAGGAUUGGGGAAUCUUUCUCAUCGAUAUAGUUGACUGCAUUCUUAGGAACCAUUCUGGGAAUGGGGUGGAGACACUCGAUCUGUGCCUCCUAUCUUGCGAAAAUAUUGACCCUUCCUACCUGGACAGAUGGCUGCAGAUUGCUGUUCGUUUGGGGAUCAAAGAACUUAAGUUGGAGAUGACUAACUUCAUGAAGAAAAAGUACAGCUUCCCAUGUUCGGUUCUGUCUGAUGAUGCAGCUGCAAGUUCGAUUCGGUCUCUUUGCCUCAGCGCUUGCGUCUUUCGUCCCACAACAACACUUGGCUGCUUGAGAAGACUGAACGCAUUAUCCCUGUUUUCUGUCCAGAUUACUGAUGAGGGAUUAGGGCACUUGCUCUCGAAAUCUUUCGCCUUGCAGCAGUUAUUUAUCUUCGGAUGCAAUGCGAUAACAUGCGUGAAGAUACCUUCCAUGCUGCAGCAACUCAAGCUCCUCACUAUUAAAUUGUGUGAGAAGCUGCAGGUGGUAGAGAUCAAUGCUCCAAGGCUCUCCUCUUUUCACUUUGAUGGAGCGCUAGUAAAAAUCUCGGUUGUGGAUCCUUCACCGCUUAGGGAUGUCUAUUUUUCAUCUCCCCGUCAGUCCCGCAUGCUGUCUUAUGCUCGUACGAGGCUUCCAUCCAUCACACGAAAUGUUAGGUGCCUGACCCUGGUGUCUUCUGAUGAGGAUGUCAACAUCCCAAUGCUGCACUCCAAGUUUCCCCGUCUCAAGAAGUUGGAAAUUUACAUCAAAAGACCACAAGCUGUUCUGUCUUUGAUUUCCUUUCUUGAUGCUUCUCCGGCCUUGGAUUCAUUCAUCCUGCGCGUAGAUGCGAAUGUCUUGAGGCCUGAUUCUGUUGUUGGAGGCGAGAAUGCCGCUGAUGAUCCAAGGUGGAAGCCAGAGUGCCGACAUGAUUGUCUCAGACAGGUGACCAUCAUAGGGUUUUGUUCGGAAAAAAAUCUGGUUCAGUUUGUGAUCUAUAUCGUUGAGAACACUCCUCGGCUUGAGUCCAUCACACUAGACACAACCUUGUGGUCUGGUAGGAGGUGUGAUAUUAAUGGCAAAUCAAGAAAGAUGAAAAGGAGUUGCGACAGGAUGACCGAGGGUUGUAUCGCCGAGGCUCACAGAGCUGUUAAGGUUGCCAACAGAUACAUUGCAGGGAGAGUUCCCUCGGGUGUUAGGUUCCAGGUCCUGGAGCCGUGUAGCCAGUGCCACGCGCGUACUCGCAGCGGGUGGUACUAG